GAUUUGCAGAUAACAUGAAAUGACAACAAAACUUUAGAAAAAAAAUCACGUCAAAGCCUUAUAGCUAUCUUAUAGAUAAAAGAAUCGAGUUUGUCUGGAUUUUUUGUUGCAUCACGAAAGAAAGUGUAUGGCUAUAAACUAAAUAAGUUUAUUAAGUGUAGCAGUGGUGCGUGUGUGAGAAGCUACUCUACGACAACAACAAUUUGCUGAGAAGUAAUUCAUAAUUGAAAUAAAAGGAGAGAAGACGAAGAUGACGUCUUUGUGGCGGAUGUUGCUGAUGGCAGCGGUGGCGGUACAAGUAAGCCUCUACCACACAGCGGAGACCCGCCGCCUGCUGCUGGGGGAAGACGGCUUCGCCAGGGUCGACGGCCCAUCGACUUCGCCAGUCUCCGGCAUCACCGUUUCAAGUUGGGUGAACGUCACUGAGUUCCCUGGGGGUGUAGCCCCGUUGGUAACCAUCAUCUCCGAAGACGCUUCCUACCAAAUAGCCUUCUUCCUGAGGCACGAUGGAGCGGGAGUGCUUUGGGGAGGACCAAAGCCUCAACAGCUGUCGCAAGUGGAACAGGUCGAUCGCCAACCGCGAUCAAGAUUCGGAAGCGGAAGGAAACGUAGGAAUGCAAACGAUUAUUCUAUGGGAUUGGGUGACGUAAUUAAUAUCAUGAGCCCAAGAAAAGAACGAUCGAACACUUGGACUCCCAUGAAUUUUGUUGACGUGUCAGAAAUGGGAGUGGCAGACUUAGAGACUUCUGGUAGCGAAACUCAAAAUCACUAUGAAAACUGGUACGAUGUCGGGUAUGAAUUGCAAAUGCAAGAAAGCGCUAACCCUGAACCAAAAAUCAUUACUCAGCCAUCAGGAAAGAAUGAUUUUGUUGUGAUUAACUGGAACGGCCACAAUGCCCCGCCGCUGUCAACUAAUCAGUGGGACCCACUGAAUGAAGAUCCUAAAUCUCCAGACUUCACAAACGUUAACGUUGGAACGAAAAUUUUGCCGCCCGAUAACGAAAAGUUCAUCUGGAGUCAGGAAGACAACACGAAGAACGGUGGCUGGGUAUCACAAGUACAGCCAAUUACCGCCAACGUUCCAAGUUCUACUAUCAUUCAAGAUUUCGUAGCUCUUCACACCACGGAACCAACUACACGAGCCAGACCAUCAAGGCCUUUCAUUCCUGAUCUUCGACGUCCUGGAUCACGCGAUUCUUCUAAAACGGUCAGACCGACUGAUGCUUUCCGUUACAGUCAACGAAAAAGAACUGAAGCCCCGGCCACUGUCGCAAAAAUGGCGAGUACCACAACAAGUACAACAACAAGUCGACCCGUUCAAGUGAAAACCGAAAAGAAAGAAACCGAAUCUCGCGUCCCUCUGUGGGCAAGACUGAAACAAACUUCCGAAGAGGAAUCAGUAGCAUCAGAAAUACCAAUUCUUACAACAACACGUGCGCCUCGGCCCAGAACAACUACCAGAGCUCCCAUCACGCAUGCUACAUCAACUGAAACCUCCAGACCUACCUUUGCCCGAACCACAACGCCUUCUCCUCUUAGGAAAAUCCAAGUUCCAUCAGUGAUUUCUACCAAGCCGCCAACCCCAGCCACGCAACAGCAAACAACAAAGUCAACUUCAACAAAAUCAAAAGAAAGAAAAGCCUACAACAACUUGAAUAGCAAAGGACCUUUCAGCACAAAACAUAAUUCUGAAGGACACCGCCCCAUCACUUCGCACUCACUAGACGAAUUCAAGAAAGUACUGGAAGGGAAGCCGAAGAUUGAAGACAAUGGUAAUAAAGUCGUAGUUUAUUCUAUGCCCAUUACUGACGUUGACGCGUUCAAUAGAAUGUACGAGCAGUACCAAGAAAGCGUAGCAAGGCAAAGUCCCAGAGUCAACCUCCACGCAGUAUAUGAUCUGGCACGAGAAGGGUACGACCAUCCAGCGCUCAAUGAAGAAGAAACAAACCAAAAUAGACUAGAGCAAAUUCCCGAGCCAUUACCGGUUCUAACCUAUAAAGAAGAACCACUACGUUUUGCUGAGUCGGAACCAGCUCCAAUAAUCAUCAAGGAAACUGACAUUGAGGAGCCAGUGCUUGCUAUAGAAGAAAUUGUUCCAGAAUACGAAGAAACCGAUUUCCCACCGUCUGAACUCGGACAGAUUGGUGGCGCCAUUGCGGGUGACUUCGCAUACUAUCCAUACGAGGAGGCAACGCCACAGCCGCAAGUAUUAAAAAAAGAGAGGCCUCAACGAACCAAAACCCGUUUCGAAAUGAGAGUUCCAGCAGGACCCAGAGACGAACUAUUGGCCGGACUACGAUUCCGUCCUACAGUAUACGAGACAGCUAUGCCUGUACAGCAAGAUAUUAGUGGACAACAAGAAUCGUUUUACCAAGAGCCAUCACGGAUUUCACACGAACAGCUGCCACCUGAAUACAGCGAAAAAUCAGAAUCCAAAAACAGAUUUGCCCCGGAGAGACCCGCCCAAAUCCAGAAGACACGAGUAGUCCAAGAAGUUCAGAACAUUCCAAAAAAUAUCCGUUCAGAGCUAAUCCCGCCUCAGUCGCUGCCUAUGCCCAUCCAUAACGAAGAACAGGUAAGAAAUGCCGCUGCUUUCAUUGAGCGAAAUAAUAACGUCCCAGCUUUGCAAGAGAUCAGAACAACCGAAGGGACACCGACCCCGAUUAAAAUCAACGCAGUGCCAAUUUUCGCAGAAGAUGACGUGGACAUAGUGACGGAAGUUCCGUUGAACGUAAAUUUCCGGAAAAUGCCAUACAACUUUGAUUUAAAUACAUGGUAUCACUUGGCUUUCACAUGGAGUAGCCAAGACCAUGUACUCAGCAUCUACAUCAACGGCCAACUAGCAGGUAUUCUCGAGAAUACCAUCCCUGAUGUGCAGGCUCUUCCAACCAACGGAAUGAUGCUUCUUGGUAAAACUUUACUACCAAGCCUCACGGGCUUUGAUCCUACAUCGCACGUCACGGGAGAAAUGAGCAACUUCGUGGUUUGGGGCAGCGCGCUAUCGCCGAUGGAAAUUAAUAACGUGUUCAGUUGCGGAGAGCCUCCGAUACAUCCCGUGCUUUUGGCCUGGAACUCAACACCAUUAAGAGUGUACAACGACGCUGUCCUGCAGCAGGCGCCGCCAAUAUGCGGGAUAUCUUCCUAAUUACUGUCUCCAGAUAAAAGAAACAACCACUAUUACGGCGGUUUGAGAGCUGCAGCUAUAGAGGGUCGAGCUCAUUUAGCCUAAUACGGUUCUCUUUCGUCAUAGGAGAAUAUUGGCCCUUUUUACUGUGAUAAAUUAUGUCCGAUAACAUGCGCAAACUAUUCUCAUAAAAUCCGCAAUCGUAUCAACUUCAUGGCAAAAGUAGCUUCUGUUUAAAAACUUAUCAAAACUUCAAUUCUAAAUGCCGGUUCAGCUGAGGAGAAAGCCUUUUCUUACUCAUAAUUUUGUAGGAACAAAAAGCUGCACUCAUUCUUGCGUGUUGUUGUUACAUGUGUAGCAAGGGUCCAUGACAUGUUGGGCACAUGUUAACAGAAAUAAAUAAGUAACCUUAGGUGUUCAUGACAUGUUAAAAAGGAUAGAAAUUAAUAAAUGUUGAAUGGAUAAAUUUCAUACCAGGACCGUUAUUGUCUACGGCUGCUAUUCCAUGUCUUUUUUUAAGUUUCGGAGUUGGUAAAUGUUUAACUAUGGCGGCAUAUCAGAGGGAGAGAAAUCACCUAAAUGUAGUACCGAAAUAAGAGUACGAUUUUUCAGCUUGUGAAAGAUAUUAGAAGAGGCAGGGAAAUUCUUUAAUGAAGGUCACUGCAAAAUCUGCAGAUUCCUCCGAGUUAGCUUCCAUAGUAAUGGUUAGCUUCCUUUGAAAACCUCUUCUGGCAAAUGUGUCUUCUAUACUCAUUAAUCAUCCAAUCUUAUCAUCACAUCUGACCAGAACAAAUUCAAGCAUUUAAUUCGAACUAUAAAUUAAAUUUGUCUAAUUUUCGAAAUUAAUUCAAACUUUACAGUA